AUGGCCAAAUACAGACUUAAAUUCUACGCCGUACGCACCGGAAGGAUUCCAGGGGUCUAUAAAACCUGGGCGGAAUGCGAACAACAGACGAAAGGAUUUCCAGGCGCCAAGCAUCAGUCAUUUUUGACACGUGAAGAAGCUCAGGCGUGGUAUGAAGCUCCCCAGGCGGGGCCGCAGCGCAUAUUCGAGACAGACGCCAAUUCUACCCUGGCAGAGCUUGCCAUGGACGUCUCUGAACAUCGCCAACCGGCUCCUCUAAAGGUCUAUGACGGUCCCGCACCAGAUGCGGCUUCUGGAGUCAAGCGUGAAAGAGAGGACGACUCUCUCGGCGGACGAGAAUCCAAGUCGGCGAAACGUGAAACCCAAGACCCCAGCGAGACCGACCCUACCGACCCUACCGACCCUAUAUUUCUCAUCGUUGACAACGACGGCGAUGAAGACUUGCAAAAACCCUCGGCCGGAGAUGCGGAAGAAGAACACCAACCCCCCGGCGAACCCGUCUUGUCCCCUCAACAAUCCAAGAUCCUCCACAUGAUCAUGGGGGGCGAGAACGUCUUUUUCACCGGUUCUGCGGGUACCGGUAAAUCAGUCUUGCUCCGCGCCAUCAUCAAGAUGUUUCGGGAGAAGGAGAAUGAGGUGAAUAGCAAGAUUGCGAGUCAGGGUUUGAGCGAGCUGUUGGGAAAUCCGAAUGCUCCUGGUAUGGAUACGAGCAGGUGGAAGUUGGCCGUGACUGCGAGUACCGGCAUGGCGGGAGUCAAUGUUGGAGGCUCAACAGUGCAUUCAUGGGCCGGUGUCGGGCUGGCCAAAGAAAACGCAAACGAUCUGUAUCACAAGGUCCAAAAGUCAAAGAUGACAAAAAGCAGGUGGCUGUCAACAGGCGCCCUGAUCAUUGAUGAAAUCUCCAUGAUUGAUGGCGACUUACUCGACAAACUCGACUACAUCGGCCAGAUGAUCCGCAAAAACCCCAGACCUUUCGGCGGCAUCCAGUGUAUCUUUACCGGCGACUUUUUCCAACUCCCACCGGUCCGAGCUAUGCGCUUCGCCUUUGAAGCCAAAUGCUGGUCCCACCUCUUUAGCUCGCGCAAUAUCAAAUCCCUCACCCGCGUGUAUCGUCAGGCGGAUACAAAGUUUAUUGAUAUCCUCGAAUCCAUGCGCCGCGGUAUCGUCACGGACGAGAAUAUGAACUUGCUACAAUCCCUCUCACGGGUUGUCGAGUAUCCAGACGAUAUCGAGCCUGUAACCUUGUUUUCGCUCAAAGCAGACGUGGACCGUACCAACGUCUCGAAGCUGAAUGCUCUUCCGGGGGAUGCAGUGACGUAUGAAGCGUGGGAUGCCCCGGGGAAGAAUGCUGGUGGCUAUGAAUUGAGUCAGGAGCAAGCUGUCAAGCAGCUCAACAAUUCGACCAUCUGGCCGGAAAAGCUGCCGGUCAAGAUUGGUGCGCAGGUCAUGCUUUGUACCAACCUUGGCGAUGGGAUGCUUGUCAACGGAUCAACAGGUACCGUAGUCGAACUCCUCACCAUCCGCGAAGCCUUGGUCAAAGGCUACUACUUUCCCCGCCCAAAAGACCAGGGAUUCAAUAUGGACGUCCUGUACCCCGUGGUAGCGUUUGCUCAGCCAAAGUAUGUCACCAAAAAGAUUCCAGAGAAGACUAUCAUUGCUGGCAUGUCUGUGGAGUGUAUCAAUGCCAUUGGUGGGGUGGAAGCUACGAGGCAUCAGGUGCCGUUGAUGCUUGCUUGGGCGUUGACUAUCCAUAAGAGCCAGGGCCAGACUAUCGAAAGAGUCAAGGUUGAUGUUGGGAGCGCCUUUGCUGAAGGCCAGGUGUAUGUGGCAAUAUCCCGAGCGGUCAGUCUGGAAACACUAGAAAUACGAAAUCUACUCCCACACAAGAUCAAAGUAUCUCCUAGGGUCAUCAACUGGGCCGCACCAUUGGAGAUCGCGCAGAAGGAGCAAGAGAUGAUUGAUGAGGCGGAGGAGAUUGCCAGGUCGGCUCAUGAAGCUUAA